GGAGAUCAAAAUUUAGGUGUUUGUUUCCCAUUUGAUAAUGGAUUACUAUACAAAGUGGAAUAUGCCUUUUCUCCAAUCCACGUACGGUUUUCUAAUUUUCUUUAGCCUUAGUCGGUGACUGAAAGCCUAUAUAUAAGUAGAAUCAGAAUUGAAAACCCAAGAAACGAAAGCAACCCUUGUAGUGUUUUCGAGUCGUAAACCCUUCAAAAACCCUCUCACAAAGCAUCUUUCGGUUGGAGUUAAAAACAACCCUCUUUUGUUUCCCAUCACUGCAUUGCUAAAAACCAGUGCUUUAGCCUCUCUCCUCUUCUCUCUUUUUCCGUUUUUGUUUGUUGAAUCAGUGAUACGUAGUAGUGAUAAUGGAGAAGGUAUUGGGAAGACAGGGCUCGGUUGUGGUGGGAGAUCAGAGGAGGCCAAAGACAAAGAUAGUGUGUACGUUAGGGCCUCAGUCAAGAUCUGUUGAUAUAUUGGAGCGGCUUUUGAAGGCUGGUAUGAGCGUUGCUCGCUUCAACUUCUCUCAUGGAACUCAUGCCUAUCAUCAAGAAACCCUUAACAAUCUCAGAACUGCCAUGAACAACACUGGCAUUCUUUGUGCUGUCAUGUUGGAUACUAAGGGGCCAGAAAUUCGAACAGGGUUCUUGAAGGAUGGGAAGCCUGUACAGCUAAAGCAAGGCCAAGAGAUUCUUAUCUCUACUGAUUAUGGCUUAAAGGGUGAUGAGAAUAUGAUCUGUAUGAGCUACAAAAAGUUGGCUGAAGAUGUCAAGCCAGGAAGUGUUAUUUUGUGUUCUGAUGGCUCAAUUUCACUAAGAGUUUUGGCUGGUGACAAGGAAAAUGGACUUGUCCAUUGCCGCUGUGAAAAUUCUGCUGUUUUGGGUGAGAAGAAGAAUGUCAAUCUUCCAGGAGUAAUUGUUGAUCUGCCUACCUUAACAGAGAAGGACGAAGAGGAUAUCCUGCAAUGGGGAAUUCCAAAUAAGAUUGACAUGAUUGCGCUAUCCUUUGUUCGCAAAGGUUCAGACCUGGUAGAGGUCAGAGAGCUACUUGGAGAGCAUGCAAAGAACAUCCUUCUUAUGUCUAAGGUUGAAAAUCAAGAAGGGGUCAUGAAUUUUGAUGAGAUCCUUAUGAAUUCGGAUGCAUUUAUGGUGGCACGUGGUGACCUGGGAAUGGAGAUUCCAAUUGAGAAGAUAUUCCUAGCUCAGAAGCUGAUGAUCCACAAGGCUAAUUUACAGGGGAAACCGGUGGUAACUGCAACUCAGAUGUUGGAGUCCAUGAUCAAGUCUCCAAGGCCUACUCGAGCUGAAGCUACUGAUGUUGCCAAUGCAGUUCUUGAUGGUACUGAUUGUGUGAUGCUUAGUGGAGAAACUGCUGCUGGAGCCUAUCCUGAACUUGCUGUUCAAACCAUGGCCAGAAUUUGCAAAGAGGCUGAGGACUUCAUAAAUUAUGGAGAUCUUUUUAAGAGAAUUAUGGAAAAUGCAUCUAUGCCCAUGAGCCCAUUGGAGAGUUUGGCUUCCUCAGCAGUAAAGACAGCAAACAGUGUCAAAGCAGCUUUUAUUUUAGUACUAACUAGACGUGGAAACACAGCAAAGCUGUUGUCUAAGUACCGACCAAGCAUGCCAAUUUUGUCCGUGGUUGUUCCUGAGAUUAAAACUGAUUUCUUUCAGUGGUUAUGCAGCGAUGAAACUCCAGCUAGGCAUAGCCUUAUUUACAGGGGUCUGGUGCCUGUUUUGAGUUCAGGCUCUGCAGGAGCUUCUCAUAGUGAGUCUACAGAAGAAACAAUUGAGCAAGCCUUACAGUAUGCUAAGGAGAAGGGAUUUUGCAACCCAGGAGAUUCAAUUGUUGUACUGCACAAGAUUGAUAUUGCUUCUGUCAUCAAAAUCCAGUUUGUAUGGUGAUGAUACCGUGAACAAUUCGGGUCAAGAGUGUUCUAGAUUUUGCAAGUUUCUCUUUGGUUUAAUUAGUGUUGGAACUAUGUUAAUUAAAUGAUUUCUGACGUGCGUUCUAGUUAUAAAAAAUUUAAAUGAGCAUCUUUAUAAUUUCAUUUUUUUUUUUC